CUAUCGUAGACGCAUAUUUAACAUAUUUAACCUGAGAUCGUCUGCUUUCUUCAUCAUGAAAGAUGAGGAGUUCGCACAGGGCUUGGAACAAUUCGCUCUUUGUCUGCACGACCAUUUGUGCCGGGCAAGUGCUGGCCUAAACAUCAUCUACUCCCCAUUAUCCAUCCACAUCUCUGCGGCCAUGCUGCGGAUGGGAACAUCCGAGGGAUCGGCUACAGCUAAGGAGAUGGACGAGGGGCUCCGUUUCGGUGGGCUAGAAGCUCAGCAAGUAGCUGAAAGCUUUGGUGUCGUCCUCAAGUCCUAUGAACAGUGCCAGGUUCUUAAAAUGGCAAACGGCCUAUAUGUUAUGAAGGGUCUCCAAGUUGACGAGCAGUUUGGUCACAUACUAGAGCAGAAGUUUCGCUCCAAGCCAAUGGAGAUUGACUUUGGCAGCGAGCAGGCUGCCAGCAUAAUCAACAAAUGGGUGGAGUCACAGACCAACAACCUGAUCAAGGACAUAAUCGGUCCAAGAGUUCUUACCAAGGACUCGCGGCUGUGCCUAGUAAACGGUAUUCACUUCAAGGGUGAGUGGUCAAUCAGUUUCAAUGAAAAAGAAACCCGCGAAGAGGAUUUCUUCGGAUCGGAUAGACCUACCAGAGUGAGAAUGAUGCAUGUGUGCGAGAACUUCUUUUUUGCCGUACUUCCCAUGUUCGAAGCCACUGCCCUUAGAAUGAAUUAUAGUGCCUGUAAUUUGGCCAUGAUCAUUUUACUUCCUGAUGAGAAGUCGAAUCUCACGAGCCUCGAAAAGAAACUUAGUGAUAUUUCCCUAGAGGUAGUGUCAUCAGCAAUGAAUCUGGAAAAAGUGGAUGUGAAGAUUCCUAGCUUUACAGCCGAGUUCCAGCAAGAACUAUCCCAGGUUUUAAUGCUGGUUAGCUGAAAUGGAUUUGUUAUUGAAAUUUGAUUAUACGCAACCUGGCUACUCACAGAUGGGCAUGAACCGAAUAUUCAGUGGUCAGGCAGAGCUUGGGGGAAUGCUACAAUCCGAGGAAAGCCUUUUUGUCUCCCAGAUCGUCCACAAAGCAUUUAUCGAGAUUAACGAAGUGGGCACUGAAGCUGCAGCCGCAACGGGUGAGCCUGCAAAAAAAAAAGGUUCCAAAACUUUUGGCAAUUUGAAAGCCUCUUAUAUCUAGUACUCCGGAUAUUCUUACGAAUGUCAUACGAGGUGCUAAGCAAGUCCAAUAUUAAAAAUUUCACUCAAAUAUGUAUAUAUUCGCAUUAACUAAUUUAAACUUCUUGUUCAGCUGCGGUUGCCACAUUUAGAAGCAUGCCUGCGCGCCAAGGACCUCCAAAGGUAUUCCACGCUAAUAGACCUUUCUUCUAUGCUAUAAAGGACAACACCCAUGGCCUUCUAUUUGCCGGUCAUUUUAUCACAACCAAGGUUGAGCAGUCUGAAAAAUGUAACACAUGUACCUAAAGGAAAAAUAAAUAUGUAUAUCUUUGGCGUGGG